CCAAACAGCAAGAGACAGGUAUGGCUGUCCUCGAGCGAAAAGCAAAGUCAUGGAGGGCAAACCGGGUCGCCACUACGCCGUAUCUGCCAGCUGUAUCUCCAUUGCUGUGCUGUUGCUGCUGCUGCUGCUGCUGCUAAUGAUGAUGAUGAUGAUGAUGAUGAUGUCGUCGUCGAGGCGGAGUGGAUGUCUUUUGGCCAUCUUCGUCCGAGUUGGGAGGAGAAAGCCGCCGCACUACGCGUCUUGUUAAUGACUAAGCAAAGCAACCAGAGUUUGUACUAUGCUGAUUCAGCACAAGCUAAAAGCGGCGCAGACCAACCAACCUCAAACGCCCUAACCGCUUUUGGUAAUCCCCUUUUGGCUUUUUUUUUUUUUUUUGAGUUUUUGUUUUUUGACACUUUUUUUAUACGAUCGAACGUCUUUCCAUCUCGCACGCCAACACACGAUGGACAUUGUGAUCGCGUUGCUUGUGAUAUACUCCGUACAUGA